AUGUUCUUCAUGUCCAACCGCUUCCUGAAGGACCGCGCCGACGCCGGCGUUCAGCUGGCACGCAAGCUCAAGCACUACCGCGACAUGCGGGACGAGGCCAUCGUGCUGGGCCUCCCGCGCGGCGGCAUCGUGAUCGGCUACCACGUGGCCCACGAGCUGCGCCUCCCGCUAGACAUGAUCGUCUCCCGCAAGAUCGGAUGCCCCGGCCACGAGGAAUACGCCGUCGGCGCUCUGGCCCAGGAUGGCAGUGUGGAGCUGGAGCAUGACACGCUUCGUAUGAUGCACCUCUCGGAACGGGACCUGCAGCCGACGAUCGACAAGGAGCGGAGGGAGGCGCAGCGCCGGCUCAAGGCCUACCGCGGCGACCGGCCAACGCUGGACCUCACCGGCAAGAUCGCCAUCCUGGUCGAUGACGGCAUCGCCACCGGCUCCACCGCCAAGGCCUCGCUGCGCAUGCUUCGCAAGAGCAACUGCAAGAAGGUGGUGUUGGCCGUGCCGGUGAUGCCGGCCGAUCGUGUGCGCUCGUUCGCGGCGAUGGUCGACGAGCUGGUGUACGUGCAGGCGCCCAAGGACUUCCACGCCGUGGGCCAGUUCUACGAGCGCUUCGACCAGACCGAGGACGAGGAGGUGCUCCACCUCAUGAAGCUCAACGCCGACGAGCUGCAGCAGUGGCAGGCCGAGGCCAAGGGUGGAGUCGCCCAGGACCGCGAGCGCACCUACAGCCAAGCUGCGGCCCACUAA